GGGGGUUAUAGCUCCGCGGACCAACACGUACUAUCGGGCAAGCAUCAUGCACACUCCCACGUGACCUAACUCUCCCAAUACCACUGCGACAACGGCCUGGCCAACGUGUACUCCGAUCUCCAUCAGUAUGAAAGGCCCCGAAAAUCCUGAUGGAAUGAAUCGCUAUGAGCCUGUUAAAUUGCUUCGGGCUUUCUUUGCCGUCAACCGUCUCUAGUACUUAAGGAGGAGGGGAACGAUGGUACAAUACGUGGAUUUUCGUGGCACGAACCUAUGGUGCAAGGACUUAUCAACGACCUCGUUCGGCCCGUUACAAAAUCGGAUGGUGUGCCCGCUGGUAACCCCAGUCCCGAAAUGAUCUCCCGGGUUUCGUGGGACGACAAGGCAGAUCCAGAAUCACUUGGUAAGGCGAAUGAUGUAGUGCCCAACAACGAGCGCGAACUCGUGGCACACGUUAUCUCGGAGGACGACGAUCCAUCCCUUAACCCUUGGACAUUCCGUUCGUUCUUCAUUGGUUUUGGGUUGUCUGCUUUUGGCAGUGCACUUGCUGAGAUAUACUACUUUAAACCCCAAACCCUGACCGUGUCGUUGAUGUUCCUGGCUAUUAUGUCAUACAUUAUCGGCACGGCGAUGGAUAGCUUUAUUCCUAGACGGGGUAUAUUUCGUUGGUUAAAUCCCCAUCCAUUCAACAAAAAAGAGAACGCGUUCGUGAUUAUCAUGGCUAGUGCCGCUUCAAAUGCGGCUCUAGCGACCGAGGUUCUCGCCGUUCAGCGUUUGUAUUAUGACGUCAAUCCGAACCCUGCUACUUCCGUCUUCUUGCUGUUUUCGAGUCAGUUACUCGGCUAUGGUAUCGGUGGUUUGAUGAGAUCCGUUUUGCUUUAUCCUUCCAAGAUGUUCUAUCCCAACGUCCUUCCACUCGUUUCGAUGUUCGACGCCCUUUUCCGAGAUGGGACAGCUGCGCAACGCAAAAUUCAAGUAUUUUGGACUGUUUUCAGCGUUAUCUUCGUCUGGGAACUCUUUCCAGAGUGGAUAUUCCCUUUGCUCACAGGCUUUUCUAUAUUUUGCCUUGUUCUUCCUGACAACCCUGCGGUAUCACGCCUUUUUGGUGGAAGUAAUGGUAAUGAAGGUCUCGGGGUCUUAUCGAUUUGCUUCGAUUGGCAGUACAUCAGCGCGCUCAAUCCCUUUAUUGUUCCUCUCAAGGCUUUGCUCUCUGUGUUGUUCGGAUACAUUCUCUGCAUCGCUGUCUUUAUGGCCGUCUUUUAUGGCAAUGUUUGGAAAGCACGAAACUUCCCCUUCCUUUCCCAAGUUCUCUUUUAUGAGAAUGGAACGUUGUAUGAUCAGUCUUUGAUCAUGGAUGCGGACUAUCAAGUGGAUUCUGAACUUGUCGCGGAGCAAGGUUUGCCGUACUAUGCGUCAACCUGGGUCGUAUAUCUUAUAGCCACUAACCUUGCUCUUGCGGCUACGAUCACGCACGUGUUGCUAUGGAACUAUGAUGAUAUGUGCGCCGCUUGGACGUGGUUGAGCCCUGCAUCGUUUUGGCGCACGUGGCAGGGAUUUGAUUGGAGGUUCUGGAAGUAUAAUGGUCGACAUGAAGAAGUCAAGAUUACGGAUGACCUAGACCCACACUAUGCACAAAUGCUAAAGUACCCUGAUGCUCCAAACAGUUGGUAUGGUCUCACUGCAGUGCUCUCUCUGGUUGUCGCCCUCGUCGUCAUUUACAAGAGCGACUCGACACUUCCUUGGUGGGGUUUGGUCGUUGCCCUCCUGUUAGCUACAGUUUUUAUUCUCUUUAUCGUGGCUUUAUACGCCAUGACAGGUAUUCCCCUGUCCAUACAAACAUUUGUGCAGAUGGUAGCAGGGUACUUACAUCGUGGAAAGCCGAUGGCAAAUAUGUACUUUGUGCUCUACAGUUACAAUACUAUGAAUCAAGCCCAGCUGCUUCUACGCGAUCUUAAAGUAGCUCAAUACGUCAAACUACCCCCCCGGGCUGCGUUCGCUGCUCAGGUACUUGGAACCCUAUUUGGUGCUGCUGUCAAUUUUGUUCUGAUGAACUCCAUCGUCAGCAAUCGGAGCGAUAUAUUAUUGUCUGUCCAAGGGUCGAAUGUUUGGUCUGGGCAGCAGGUUCAGCAGUACAAUUCACAAGCCAUUGCGUGGGGAGGGCUGAGUAAUGAACUUUUUUCCAUUGGUUCCAGGUACCACUGGGUACCGCUGUCAUAUGUCAUUGGUUUGUUUGUGCCUAUCCCGUUCUGGCUAGUUCACCGGUACUGGCCAAAACUUCGAUCUGAUUUCAUCUACACGCCUCUCAUUUGUGGAUUUAUUGGGACGCUUGCAGCUGGAAUUAAUGCUUCUGCGCUGUCCUUUUUAAUUGUAGGCUUCACCUCUCAGUGGUGGUUGCGUACCCGGCGCCCGCGUUGGUUCCAGAAGUACAACUACAUCGUUGCAGCUGCCCUAGAUGGAGGUACGCAGGUCAUGGUAUUUAUCCUGUCGUUUGCAGUAUUCGGUGCAGCGGGACGCGCGCAUUUGUUUCCAUCUUGGUGGGGUGCAAACCAAGCGAGAAAUUAUGAUCAUUGCAUGUUACUCCAGUAAACUUUAAAAAUUAUUAUUAUUAAAAGAAAAUGAC